CGGAGGUCUCAACAUCCUGGGUUAGUAUACCGAAGGAGGGGCUCUCCAGUAAAACGGGAAGUAAUUUUGCAUUGGUGAAAAAUAUAUAAUAACUUUACACGACAUUAAAACUCCGAAGGCACAGUUGAUUGAACUGCGCGGCGAAACAAAGUAGCAGGUCAGAAAUAGUCGCUCAAUAUGUCUGAUGGGGACUAUGAUUACCUCAUCAAGUUCCUUGCCCUCGGCGACUCUGGAGUGGGAAAGACCAGUUUUCUCUACCAGUAUACGGACAGCAAGUUCAACUCCAAGUUCAUCACGACAGUGGGCAUCGAUUUCAGAGAAAAAAGACUGAUGUACAAAUCCAAUGGUCCGGAGGGAACCUUGGGUCGAGGACAGAGGAUUCACCUUCAGCUGUGGGACACAGCGGGACAGGAGAGGUUUCGCAGUUUGACGACAGCUUUUUUCCGAGACGCCAUGGGUUUCCUCCUCCUGUUCGAUCUCACUAACGAACAGAGCUUCCUCAAUGUCCGAAACUGGAUGAGCCAGUUACAGAUGCAUGCCUAUUGUGAGAAUCCAGACAUAGUGCUCUGUGGGAACAAGUUUGACCUGGACGACCAGAGGGCGGUGAGGGAGGAGGAGGCCCGGGGCCUGGCGGAGAAGUACGGAGUCCCGUACUUCGAGACAAGUGCAGCGGAUGGCCAUAACGUAAGCGAGGCGGUGGAGGUCCUACUGGACCUCAUCAUGAAGAGGAUGGAGCGAUGCGUGGACAAGUCCUGGAUGCCAGACAGCACGCUGCGGUCCAACGGGCACAACGGCAAUGAGAAAAUGGCUGAGGAGGCCAGCCCACAGAAGAGCAAGUGCGGUUGUUAACGUGGAAGCCACCAAACUGCUUUUUUUUACAACAAGUUCCACCUGUUGCCUCACCCUUAAAAUGUUCCACAAACUGUUUACCAAAUGUGGUACUGUGUGAUUUGUAUCCAGCCGGAGCAGUUUUUUUGUUUUGCAAUGAACAUAUUUUCACUUUUACACUGCUGCCUGACAACUGACUGCUACCGCAGUUUAUAUCAAUGCUUCAGGAAAAGCUUUUUGUGAAAUAAUGUGGGUGAACUGUAUUUGUAAUUUUACUUUUAGUAAUUAUGUUUAAUGGUAUUUAUAAUCCAGGUACGGAGCUGGAUGAAGUGCCUUUAUCAACAACAAUCCGUUAAGAAAAACAUCACCAAAUGCGCAGAGUAGAAAACUUUAGAAAUGUGUUACUGUCCUCUGAAUUUCAAAAAAGCUGAAGUCGGUGCCAUCGUAGUGUUGUGUUCAUUGUGCACACUUUAACCAUUUCGGUAGGAAACUGCAUCUGUCCUCAUCUUGCAAUACAUGGUUUAUUGCUGUUUUCAAGUGGCUUGACACACACUUUAUUUGAUGAAGAACUGCCAACUUCUUAAUAAUAACACGUGAGACAUAGUGCCAAAUAAUUCAGCAGUGAUUAUCUGUCAUCUUGGCCUCAUUUUUCAGAUUGUAUUAUAUUUAGGGUGUAUAUGUCAUUGGUGUCUUUUCCGAGGUUAUUAUAACCUAGGGCUCUUAUAUGUGGUAAUAUCCAUGUGUUUCAUGGGGUGAGAAUUUGUUUUUUGUGUUUGUUUCCAAUGUAUAUUUGUGUCUUGUUCUAUAAUUAAUCCCAGUACUAUGUCUAUAGAUUGGAAAGCUGUGGACAUGAUCUUACUAUUACUGUCACGUGUACUGGUUUGUUUCCAACACUGCAUUAAUGCCAAAACACUCUCUUGAUGUCAAAUAUAUUAACUAUGGUCUUGUUUGUUUUUCAUGCAUAUUGUGUUGCACACUUUAAAGUGAGUUCAUUUUCUUCUGAACUACAGCUUGAAUACAUAAAAUAUCAAAGUCCAACCUUCUGGUCUCUUAGAAAAAUAUUAUGUUUAUUAUAUACAAUGGUCAUUGGUCGAAGAUCUGAUAUUUAGUCAGAACAGAAAAUAGCUUAAUUAUAAAAGCUUAAUUAUAAAAGGCAUAGUAAGAGAUAAGACAUCACCAGUGUAUUCAUAUGUUUGCAGCCACAAUAACUGAUUACUUACCAUGGCACUGUGCCACCACUAAUUGCAAUUAUCAAGUUAUGAUAAUGAGCAGACUUAUUCCAGAGAGCAGUCUUUCAUCUCUCCAAAUCUGACCAUAGUUUUAAAGAUUGUUUUACAAAUGUAUUUUGUGUAGUGCAGUAAGCCAAGUUACAGGUUGAUGAAAACUGUUGAGUUUGCUUUUUAAGAUAGAAGUUUCGAAUCAUCUUUGUCACAGUUUCAACACUAGGUGAGGGAAUGUGUUAUAUGCACAUGUGGACACUUUUAAAGGAUUGUGAGAUAGUGAGUAAUAGGGUAGGGCUAAUAGUGAGUAAUAGGGCUUUUAGGUUUCCUUUCCCCUCACUUUUAUUCAAUCAUAUUUAUUUGAACCCCCCACCCCCACCCCACCCCACCCCCUUGGUGUUAAGAAUGUAAAAAAUAUAUUUGUGUACAUUAUGAAACUAUUGCCUUUCACAUUCUAAGGAUAUUCUAUAAGUGCCAUAUGUUACUAUACUCCACAAAGACUUAAAUGUAAAAACUUGUGCUGUGCUUCUACAGAAGAAGUGGAGUUGAAUGUCAAGAGAUUGCAUCUAAUCAUUGUGUCACAAUUAUAUUUUUGCAAUAAACACUUGUCACUGAA